AUGUCAUAUAAAAACGAUUACUCAAAAUUAAGUGAUGUUGUUUAUCAAGUUCAAGAUUCACUAUCUAUAUAUAACCAAGAAAAAUAUUAUACCCAAAAACAAAAUGAUUUAUUUUAUAACAUAAAAAAAUUUAUGUGUUUAGGAAGUGUAGUAAAUGAUAAUGAUAAAUAUGAUGUUUCAAAAAUUAUAAUGGAGGGGAAUAAAAAAUGUAAUGAAACGAUAAAAGAUUCUUUUAAAAUAUUAGGAUAUAAAUAUAAUACUACUAAUAAUAAUGAUAAUAUUAAAUUUACAAAAUUAUUUCAUGAUAAUUAUUUUAAUUUAUUUUAUUGUAUGCAUUUACACAAUGAUGAUAAAAAAUGUAAUUCACUAUUUAAACAUUUUUAUCAAACAAUAAAUUACGAUCAAGUUAAUAAAAAAUAA